AAUAGACGUGAUUUUUCUAUAUUUCAAUGUUUGACAAAGUUUUAUCAUGCGCUACACAAAUCCUCAGGGUUAGUUGCGUGACGCAGCGAUGUCGAACGACGUGACACGAGAAGGUUGGCAAGUCUAGGGUAAUUUUAGCCAUCAAAAUAGCGCGCUCACGUGAUAUCCCUGUGACAAGUCACAACACUUUAAAAGCUGAAGCAACCUUUCAGUUUUGCACCAACUCCAAGCAACAUGCCAUAUACCUCGAGUGCCUCACUUUGCUUGAUAUUCACUGUUGUUCUUGGACUAACUAACUGCUGCCAUGCUUCGCUGCGAUUACUCCGUGGCCGACCGAAAGGUGGCAUGUUAGUUGCUCCUGCAGCAGAACACGUGAAUCAAAAGCUUCCUGAAGCACAUUGGUUUACUCAGAGGUUGGAUCACUUUGAUGACUCCAAUACAAAAACUUGGCAGCAGAGAUUCUUUUAUAACGACACCUUCCACGCGAAACCAGAUGGACCGGUUUUCGUUAUGAUCGGUGGAGAAGGAACGGCGAACCCUAUAUGGCUGACUGUGGGGGAUAUGAUGAAGAAUGCUGAAGACUUUGGUGCUUUUACCUUCCUUUUGGAGCAUAGAUUUUACGGCGAAAGUCACCCAACGAGUGAUAUGAGUGAUUCAAGCCUUAAGUAUCUAAAUAGUGAACAAGCAUUGGCGGAUCUGGCAACAUUUUGUCAGGAAAUGGCUUUGAAGUUUAAUCUGACAAACAGCAAAUGGAUAUCAUUUGGUGGCUCAUACCCUGGGUCAUUAUCAGCCUGGUACAGACUCAAGUAUCCGCAUCUGGUGCAGGGGGCUGUUGCUUCAAGUGCUCCUGUCUUUGCCACAGUCAACUUUCCUCAAUACAUGGAUGUUGUUACUGCCUCACUUGAAACAACAGGUCAAGACUGUGUGAGAAAUAUUGAUAAUGCAACAAAAACAAUGCAGACAUUACUAACCACUGAGGAAGGUGCAAAACAACUCACAGAGCUAUUUGAGGUGCCAUCGGUACUAACAUUACAAUUAGAACAUUGUGUGGCAUCAUGAAUGACGAAGGCAUCGGAGCUCCGUUAGCUCGUUAUGCUAAAGUGAACUCGCUGAUGCUUCACACAUACCACGAACAAUGCCUUGAUUCAAACUACAAGAAUUUAAUAGUAGCUUUACAGAACACAUCUUGGAGCAGCAGUGCAUCUGAAGGAGGUCGCCAAUGGAUGUAUCAGACAUGCACAGAAUUUGGGUUUUAUCAGACCUCAGACUCUGAGAAGCAGCCGUUUGGAGAUCUAUUCCCUUUGAAGUAUUCAAUUCAACAAUGCAUGGAUAUUUAUGGUGCCCAGUUUAAUGAAAAGAACAUCCAAAGCGGUGUGACUCAGACAAAUACUAACUACGGAGGAUAUGGCAUUGCCGCCAGUAAGAUCGUUUUCCCGAAUGGGUCCAUCGAUCCGUGGCAUGCACUUGGUAUAACAAAGGAUGUGUCUGCUACAGAACAAGCCGUUUUUAUUGAAGGUACUGCUCACUGCGCCAACAUGUAUCCAGCUAAUCCGUCAGACCCUCCACAGCUGGUGGAGGCCAGGCACCAAAUUCAGCAACAUAUCAUGAUGUGGCUGCAGGCUGAUGCCUGAAAGAAAUCCGCUACCUCAAAAACUUUUUAAGUCGUCAAGACGUUAAAAAACUCAAUAAGUAGAUGGAAAUAUUUUAAUAUUAUAGUUUAUAGAGGUACGAAUGAUCUGAAAAGGAACAUGGCUGGUUACGGGUGGAGGAAAUUGAAAUUGGAUUGUAAAUGACAAGCUUGGAAAUCAGUGAUUUUACGCAAAUUUUAGAUUACGUUAUCUCUCGAGAAGGUUACAAGUGUAUUGUUUUUUAUGUUUUGCUCAUGUUUGCUUUUUGAUCCGGCGUCAGCAACUGUUUGAAAUGAAACUAAAAAAUUGUUAUGUGGCUUCACUUUUUCGUUUAAAGGUGUCAAGGAUAAGGCAGAGAGACAAAAUAGUAAUUUUGCGUUAUUUUCAAGAGGAAUUUGUCUGUCGAUUGAAGUUAAGAUAAUGUUCCGAGCUUCAUUCUCUCUUAGAGUAAAUUAUCGGAUUUUUCAGGUGCAACAAAGUUCACGCGGGGAAGGAAAUCGAUCUGUGUGACGAAGAGUUCCAACUCUUUGACAAGAACCCCGUUUGGCAUCGAAUCCCCCAACAUUGAAUUUUAUUUUUUAUAAGUGAGGGCAAAUGAGAAUGCUCCAUGCUAGAAGUUGACUAAGUCUGGAAGAAGAAUGAAUUAGAUAAUACUGCAAGUACAAAUAGGAAUAAAAUUUUGGAUCUGAAAGGGCUGACGGAGGGUUUGCGCUCAAAACGUCAGAUCUGAAACUCUUUGCGGUGGCCAAUUUACAUUAUCAACUCAGUUGAGUUGAUAACACCAAAUUAUUUUGAAAACUCCAUAAUAGGCCUCGCUCACCACAGAGUCUCUGUGGCUCAGUGGAAGAACACCGGAGCGCGGAAUCCGAAGCUUUGAGGUUCGAUUCCUCGUGGGGACUUAGAAUUUUAUCUUGGUCCCGCCCUUGUGACAAGACGAAAAACACCUUUUUUUAUUUCUCUACCGAGCUCAAAACUUACCAUCUCUCUUUUUCUAUUUACAACCAAAUGAUCUUGUUACACCUCCCCACCGACGCAGCACCACAGUUUCUUUAGAAACUUACCCCUUUAUAAAUUUUAGAUAGUUGGAAUGUUUAGCUUAACCUUGCCAUCCACAAUUUUUCAACCAAGUUAUUUUGUGGUACAAGAAUUUUCCAAAUAAAUGUUGAUUUACUAAAUAUGUA